ACUUUUUCCUUUGGAGCUGGGAGGGGGCUGCUGGAGGACUUUGAGCUGAAGAGGGGGUGUUUUCAGAAUACUCACGAAGCCUUGCUGUUCACAGGUCCCCAGGACAGCAGCAGGAUGGGGAUUCUGUAUAUCCUGGUCCCGAGCAUUGCGAUUCCCCUCGUCAUCGCGUGCCUUUUCUUCCUGGUCUGCAUGUGCCGGAAUAAGCAGAAGGCUUCUGCCUCCACGCCACAGCGCCGGCAGCUGAUGGCCUCGCCCAGCCAGGACGUGGAGAUGCCGCUCAUCAGCCAGCAUAAGCAGGCCAAACUCAAGGAGAUCAGCCUGUCCACAGUGAGGUUCAUGGAGGAGCUUGGGGAGGACCGGUUCGGGAAAGUCUACAAAGGCCAUCUGUUUGGGCCGGCGCCCAGUGAGCAGACUCAGGCCGUGGCCAUCAAAACGCUGAAGGACAAGGCGGAAGGGUCGCUCCGUGAGGAGUUCCGGCAUGAGGCCAUCCUGCGGGCUCGGCUGCAGCACCCGAACAUAGUGUGUCUGCUGGGCAUGGUCACCAAGGACCAGCCCCUCAGCAUGAUCUUCAGCUACUGCUCACACGGCGACCUGCACGAGUUCUUGGUAAUGCGCUCACCCCACUCGGAUGUGGGCAGCACAGACGACGACCGCACUGUGAAGUCUGCCCUGGAGCCCCCCGACUUUGUGCAUGUGGUGGCACAAAUAGCUUCGGGCAUGGAGUACCUGUCCAGCCACCACGUGGUCCACAAGGACCUGGCCACCCGCAACGUGCUCGUGUAUGACAAGCUGACUGUGAAGAUCUCAGACCUGGGGCUGUUCCGGGAGGUGUACUCGGCCGACUACUACAAACUGAUGGGGAGUACACUGCUGCCCAUCCGCUGGAUGUCCCCCGAGGCCAUCAUGUACGGCAAGUUCUCUGUGGACUCGGACAUCUGGUCCUAUGGCGUGGUCCUGUGGGAGGUCUUCAGCUAUGGCCUGCAGCCCUACUGCGGGCACUCCAACCAGGAUGUGGUGGAGCUGGUGCGCAGCCGGCAGGUGCUGCCCUGCCCCGACGACUGCCCUGCCUGGGUGUAUGCCCUGAUGAUUGAGUGCUGGAACGAGUUCCCCAGCCGGCGGCCCCGCUUCAAGGACAUCCACAGCCGGCUCCGGGCCUGGGGCAACCUGUCCACAUACAACAGCUCUGCGCAGACCUCGGGGGCCAGCAACGCCACUCAGACCAGCUCCCUGAGCACCAGCCCAGUCAGCAACGUCAGCAACGCCCGCUACGGGGGCCCCAAGCAGAAGGCCCAGGCCUUUCCGCAGCCACAGUUCUUGCCCAUAAAGGGCCAGAUCAGACCCCUGGUGCCUCCUCCCCAGCUCUACAUACCUGUCAACGGCUACCAGCCAGUGCCGGCCUACGGGGCCUACCUGCCCAACUUCUACCCAGUCCAGAUCCCGGUGCAGAUGGCCCCGCAGCAGGUGCCGGCCCAGAUGGUGCCCAAGCCCGGCUCCCACCACAGCGGCAGUGGCUCCACCAGCACCGGAUAUGUCACCACUGCGCCCUCCAACACGUCUGUGGCGGACAGGGCGGCCCUGCUCUCAGAAGACAUUGAAGACGUGCAGAACACCCCAGAAGACACAGCCCAGAGCCCCGGGCAGGAAGCCGAGGAGGAGGAUGGUUCCGUCCCGGAGACAGAGCUGCUGGGGGACAAUGAAACUCUGCAGGUGGACGAGGCCGAGGUCCAGCUGGAAGCCUGAGGGACAAGGGUGUGCGUGGGGUGCUUGGGGGAAAGAUUGAGCCCCAGGGGUGCCUGGCAGGUGGGGUUGGUGGCCCAGGAGGACACGUGGUGACUGGCGCCGCCUGCAUUUAUUUCCUUGGAGGUCGAUGGGUGCCAAGCAGGGCCUGUGCUUUGGCUGGGAAAGCAGAUGGCAUCUUCCCUCCAUCUGCACGUGGAUCAUAUAUGGAGAAACUUUGGGGAAAUAGGCCUCCCAAGGCGGGAAGGCGGGACCUUGGCUUUGACACUCCCAGCGGCUGCUGUUCCCUCUGCUGCCCCCUGCCAGCAAUAGUCUCCCUUCAACUACCAAAGGUCAGCGGGAACAGGACAUGGCUGCCUGCCACCUGCCAGGGUCCCAUCCAAAAGGGGCUUCUGAAAUGGGAGUUCUGUGCUAAAACAAAAUGUGCCUUAAAAGAAACUGAUGUAGUUUCGUAUUUUUGUGAAAUGAUUUCAGUUAUCCUGUAUGUGUAUUUUGCCCACUUUUCCAGAAUUCAAGGAAAAGUGUUUCUUGGCAUGGAAUGUCACAAAGGAAGCCAUGUUGUAUAAAGCACAGUAUUGUUACUUUGUUAGAAUCAUGUACAGACUGUAAGUGUAAUUUAUAUGGUUUCUGUGUGCCAUUUUCACUGAAGUAUUUUGAGCUUUAAAAAAUGACCUAGUAAUUUAACUUUUUGUGCCGCCCACUUUGGGGUGCCAUCUGAUUGUAUGUUGGUCUUCUUGUGUCUGAACCACAUGUCAGCGAGGUCCCUGCAUUUCACAGCCUAUGGGAGCAGGUCUGCAGGUGCUGCCAGCCUGCGGGGUGGGGCUCCCUUGUCGCUCCCAGGCCUUAGGGCUCACCUGUAGCUCCCAUACCUUAGGGCUUACCUGUAGCUCCCAUACCUGGCACAUCCAGUACAGCAAAACAGAACAAUUGGUUUGCCCUCUGUAGACUGUGGGGGUAUUAGGCCACUUUGGAAGGUGCUGCAUGACAGAGACCAUGGGUUUGGGGUGGGCGCUCACUAGCGAUUGCAUUUGAGUGAAUAUAUGUGGCCAGGUAAAUGUCCCAGGGCCCCUGACAUUUUUAGACCUGGAGCCUGGAACUUCUGAGGGCCCUGGGAUUGGGUCGGGGGUGGGUGGGGCCACCUGUUCCUCUGCCCCUUUAGCCCAGCGGCCGGCCAAGCCAGCAUCACUCAGGAGCAGUGGCCCCGGGACUUGUGGUCAGGGGAGGGGCUCAGCACACAGCUGCAACCUGGUGAGACCUGGAGGAGCUUCUGCCCACCAGCAGGCAUCCCCUGGGCCUUGCCCUUGGCCUUGGAUGGCCUGGGAGAGUUUCUGUUUAUUGGGGUGGCACACCCCCUAGGGAGAGCCAGGACUCGGCUGGGAAUUUGCUGCCCCUAUGUGGACAGGGGCCCCUUGCUGCAUCAGAAGCUCAUGCAGGCCUUUUUUACAAAAGAGGCACUGCCCUCCCUGCUCCCAGGUGGUCCAAGUGGGUCCGGGAAUGUUCAUUUCUAACAAGUGACCUGAAGAUGCUGAUGUGCCCUCAGGGCCCACUGAGAGCCUCAAAGCCCAGCUCCGGUGACCCUGGCUGGCCAGCACGUCGGGCCACCCUGACCUUGAGGUCCAUCCUGCCCACCCCUUGCCCUAUUGCCUGGCUGUGAUGGUGCUCAUGGAUGGAGCCACACACAUCAGUAAAGAAAGAAAAUGUCCGAGUUGCUUACCCUGCGGUGAGGGUGGGUUCUCCGCGGGGGGCAGAGGAGGAACGGGACUGGGGUUAAGGACCGGGAGCCCUGAAGAGCCCCUCUCCUGGCAAGUGUGGGCUGAAUUGCAUAUUCAAAGAACUCAGGGUUAAAUGGAGCUACUUCUCAUUUCCACUUAUCUGAAAGAGGAACUUAACGUUAUCUCUAAUUUGGUACACCUGGUGGUUAGCUGUUCGUUGAGACCUGAGAGUAAAAAAUGGGAAAUAGUGAUUUGGCUGCUCUGUCCGCGGCAGAGUCGGCAGUGAGCCGCCCCUGCAGUUUACCGUCACCGAAUCCCCAGACAAGAACACAACGUCCCAAGCCACUGACGGCCCCACAGAGCGAACCGGGGAGAUUCUGCAGAAAGACAUUUGGAGGGUUUUUUGGGGGAGUGGGGGAGGUUUUGAUUUGGGGAACUUUUUUUUUGGCCAAAUAUAGCGUCUCCUUGUUACAGCUUAUUCUAAUUGUAAAAAUCUCAGUUCAUCUUUAGAAAGAUAUAUUGAGCUUUUAAGCCUGCGCUGUUGAACAGAAAUGACUUAGUUGGGAUGUUCCAGAACAACGGGACUUGGGGUAAAGUUGCAUGACUCAGGUAAAUGUCACUCAUACUGUCCACCCAACAGCAACCUGUCCUCGGUCAUCCCAGGAGGGAGAUUGCCACAGCUACUGAGCAACUCACGGAAGUGCAAUUACUUUUUAAUCAAGCCCCGUGAAGCCACGAAUGCCUUUUGCACUCCUUAUAUUUCUUGAUAAAUGAUCCUUGCUGAAACAAUCUGUCAAGAGCAGCGGCUGAUUUUUCUGUGCUAAUUUUAGGGUGUCUGACUAACUGCUACGGUGUAAAACAGCUUCCCACUAAAUCAAGAAAAGCUCUUGCUGCUUUCAACAGGGAAACACGGUGUAAAUGUGCUCCCUUUAGACUUAGUUCCACCUUGCAGCUUGCUGUUGAUAGUUAUUUUCAGACACUGAUUUUACAACUAUGUUUGGGAUGAAUCAUACACAGAUGUUGGUUCUGUGUGAGAUUCUUAUGGGAACUUUUUAAAGUGUUUCUGAGAUGAAUUUUUAAGAAGGUUGUGUCAAGGUAGACUGAAGUCAGGGUGCUAUUUGGAAACCUUGCCAGCAUGAGGAAGGGUGACCUUUCCAAGGUCUGACCUGUUCCCACCUCACCCAUUUUCCCCUCAUUGGUCCCUUAAGUUGAAGAAACUCUUAAGUAUUUCUUGGCCUGGGAAUUAGUGAACAUUCAGUAAUUGGCUCUUGAAAUGAGAAUAAUGGUUUAUUUAGGUAGAGAAAGCCCAGAUUUAGGCAACGGACACCGGCAAGAGAAGGCCUUGCAUCCCACGGUGGGCAUGCACCCCAGAGGAGGGCACAGUGAUAGCCCACACUGCCCAGUCUCGUUUACCCCACAGGCACAGGUCCAAUGGGUUGUGGUUCUCCCGGGCCACUUGUUUACAAACUGAAGGUCUGUGGCAACCCACUGUUGAGCAAGUCUGUCGGCACCGUUUUUCCAACAGUGUCUCCUCACUUUGUGUCUCUGUGUUACAGGUAGUAAUUCUCCCAAUAUCUUAAACUUUUCAUCAUUAUUAUGUUUGUGAUGUGAUCUCCGAUCAGUAGUUACAGCUCACUGAGAGCCCAGAUGAUGGUUGGCUUUUUUUUAGCAAUAAAGAUUUUUAAAAUUAA